AAUUAAAACAGCCAGUGACCACAGUUUCUCACUUCUUCUUGUACUAGAUUUUAAUGGCGGUUGGUUCUCACUUCUUCAUUGCGUGACCAUUCUUGAGAGACGUGUUUCUUGCAGGGCUGCAAAAUCACAGCCAUUUUGCUCCAAAAAUUGACCCAAUCUGCUCCUGGCGAGCAUGAUAAUGCUCCUCCACACUGAACAGCUCUCUGAUAGCAGACGCCAUGCAGCGUGUAAUACAGGAUGUACCACCCCUGAAAUGGUUCCACAAAACGGAGAAGACUUGUGAAGGAUCUGCCAAUGGAGAUGAAUCUGCCUGGGGCAGAACUGGUUACAGCCACGCCCAUGGAGAAGGGGCUGAUGGCACCCAAAGCUCAGAGCUGGAUGAUUCAUCAUACUUUUUUUGGCUAUCAAGGCCUUCCUCUGGGAAAUUGUGUAUUUCUUUUGGAAACUUUCCUGAAAGCUCAGUGUGUUUCGUUCUUACAUGUCAUUACACAAAAGUCAAAUAGAAGGAUAUUUGUAAGGUGGCAAAGACAUUUACAUAGCAUUGGAGCUUGUCCUGAGGUGUUUUGAAAGAUGGUCAUAAAUCCAGGAAGGCUGAAACAUUGAGUAGUUGAUGACAAUUUUAAUGAACACAUAUGAUGAAAAACAAAACUUACAGUCAGACAUAAUUUAGAGGUGAAUCCAAAAUUGGGAACCAGAAACAUUAGCAUGAUGAGGAGAAUAAACAAGGUAAAAAAAGGAGGAACCAGGAAGGAGGAAUGACAAAGAGGUAAUUAAAUAAUUGGAGCAUGAAGUUACGGGUGUGAAGACAAAGAAACUAAGGAACACAGAAUAAUAAUGAAACUAGAAUCAAUAAAGCAAAGUGCAAAAAAACUCAACAACCAAGCAUAUUUCCCUUUUUGUCUCCAAAGACUGAAGAAGAAAAGGAAUAAGACAUUAAGCAGAGAAAACAGCAAAGGUCCCUGCUGUGCAGAUUACCAUUAAUUAGAAUCUUCGUUUUCUUAGUUAAUUUUUUGUCAUUUCUAAUUAAUGACAAAAAAAUUAACUUAUAACACCUUAGUCAUAGCUAAAUGAUUUAUCUAUGAUUUAGCUGGCAAAAAUUAUAGCCAGAUCAACCAAUAAAUUGUUUCUAUGAAAGGGUAAACAUGGAAAUGACAAACUUGGAGCAAAUCAAACAUUAUCUUAUUUGUACUCUCCAGGAGUGUCUUCCCUGUUUAAUUUUCUCACAUGCUUGAUGAAGAAAAUACAGUACAGCAUUUAGAGAUAUGUUGAACGUCAUUGACAAGUCCACACAAAAAGGCGGUUCUAAAGCUACACAGAAAUCUAAAUCUAUAUGUGUGUAUAUAUAUAUAUAUAGCCUUGACUGUCAGUCUCACUUUUAUCUGCUUUGGGUCAGAAAACCCACUGUGGCAACCAUGAAGUGGACUGUGGUGUGGUUGUGUUUCUUCAGUUUUGCUGGUGCUGCUCAAGCCAGGCAGGAUGACAACCAUGUCAACAACAUCUGCAGCACUUGGGGCACGCAGCACUUUAAGACCUUUGAUGGUGAUGUGUUCCAGUUUCCUGGCUUGUGUGAGUACAACCUGGUCAAAGACUGCCGCAAAUCCGAGAAGAAGUUUUCUGUGCACAUUAGACGAGAAGAAAAUGACGGAAAUAUAACAAUACGUUAUGUUGUGGUCACCAUCUCUGAAAAUACAUUCAACCUAACCGAGACUGAGGUCACUGAAAAUGGGAAUCCAGUUACUCUGCCACACUACAGUGGGGGAGUAAAGGUGGAAGAAAGUACAUUUUACAUCAGGCUUCGAGCUACCAAAGUCGGCAUUAUAGUCAUGUGGAAUCGUGAAGAUGCAGUCAUGGUGGAAGUUUCAAACGGAUACAAGAACCAAACUUGUGGCCUUUGCGGAGAUUUCAACGGCGUUCCCGUCUAUGAUGAGUUCAUGGAUAAUGGUUUUAAAGUGACUCCCAUUGAGCUUGGAAUCAAACACAGAGUCCAUCUGCCAAACGAUGAAUGCAAAGACCCCCCUGUAGAAGAUGAAUCAAAGACAAAUGUGUCACAUUCAUGCAAAGCAUUUCAAACCAUCUGUGAAAAAAUAUUUGACGGGGAUUCCUGGAGUUCAUGUACCAGCCUGAUUAGUGCUGAAGCUUUCAUCAAGGCAUGUGUGGUAGACAUGUGUGCCUGUAACAACGGUACCAGUUACUCCUGUGUCUGCAGCACAAUGUCUGAGUUUUCUCGUCAGUGUUCGCACGCAGGAGGACAGCCACCCGACUGGAGGAGACCUGAUUUCUGUGGUAAACAGUGUCCCUACAACAUGCAGUAUGAAGAAAGUGCUUUUCCUUGCAUGGAUACUUGCACACAUCAGGACACAAGAUUAGUGUGUGAGGACCAUAAAACAGAUGGCUGCUUCUGUCCUCCUGGAACGGUGUUUGAUGAUAUUUCUGAGAGGGGCUGCAUCCCUCUGUCUGAGUGUCAGUGCAAGCAUGACGACAUCUACGACUCUGGAGAGGUUUACCGUCAUGAAAAAACAAACUGUACUUGUUCAGAGGGGAAGUGGGAGUGUGAGACUUUCGAGACCCCGGCUACAUGUGCAGUUGAGGAAGGUUUACAUUUCACAACAUUUGAUGGUACUACCUAUACCUUUCAUGGAAAUUGUCUUUAUACCCUGGCCAAGGUGGAGAGCAAGGAUGGAAUAAGUCCAAACUUUACCAUUCGGGCCCAGUUGGGACAAUGUGGAGGAACAAAAUUUGAUAUUUGUCUAAAGGCUCUUAAAAUCCAUCUGGGCGUAGAUAAUGUAUUAAUGUUUACAUCUGAGGGAAAAGUUCAACAGAAUAUGGAGGACAUCAGUUUGCCAUAUUACUCAGGGGACAUCAGAAUAUUUCAUGCUUCAUCCUUUCAUAUUUUGCUCAACGCCAAGUUUGGCCUCCAAAUUCAGAUCCAGCGUGUUCCUGUUAUGCAAGUCUACAUCAGUCUGGAAAGCAGCUACAAAGAAAAGACACGUGGUUUAUGUGGAAACUACAACAUGGCUUUGAAUGAUGAUAUGACGACUCCUCAAGGGAGCCAAGAAGGAACUGCUGUAACUUUUGGUAAUUCUUGGAAGGCCGACCAAACAUGCCCAGAUGCAGGCAGAAUACUUGAAGACCCCUGUUCAGUCACUAUGAAAACUGAGAAUUAUGCCCGACACUGGUGCGAAAUGCUCAGAAAUUCAACUGGUUCAUUUGCAAACUGCCAUUCAGAAGUGAAUCCUGACUAUUACUACAAGCGCUGCCUUUACUCCACCUGCAGCUGUGAGAAAAGCGAAGACUGCUUAUGUGCCGUCUUCACCUCUUAUGGUCGGGCUUGUGCAGCAAAGGGAAAGUUUGUGACAGAUUUUGGAAACCAAUGCGAGAAACACACAAAGAGCUGUCCAUCAACUCAGAUCUUCACUUACAAUCACCGGAGAUGCCAGCUGACCUGUAGUUCACUGAGCUCAGAUCAGCAGAGCUGCACUUCACAUUUCUUGCCUGUGGUUGGCUGUUUCUGCCCUGAUGGUCUCUAUCUGAAUGAAAAAGAUGCUUGUGUACCCAAAGAAGAAUGUUCCUGUUCCCAUAAUGAAGAUUACAUUGAAGCAGGAACGUCUGUCAACAUCAAAUCUGAGCACUGUGUGUGUGCCAAUGGAAGGCUUCAUUGCCAUUCCUUGAAAAAGCAGAACACAGAAUGUCCUCAUCCAAAAGUGUACUUCAACUGCUCCACUGGGAUGGCUGAUGACCAGAGACCACACUGUGUUCAACGUUGUUUGAAUCUGGAUGAUGAUGUUUGUGAUGCGUCAGAAUGUGUAUCUGGCUGCAUGUGUCCUUCUGGUCAUUUUGAUGAUGGUCAAGGCUCAUGUGUGAAAAAGACAGAGGAUUGUUCAUGCAAGCACAAUGGUCAAUUCUAUAAGCCUGGAGUCGCAGUUUACCAAGAUUGUAACCGCUGUAUUUGUAGAGGUGGGAAGUGGAAAUGUACAUCAUACAGCUGUUCACAGAGCUGCAUUAUAUAUGGAAGUGGACAUCACAAAACAUUUGAUAAGCAGCUAUAUGAGUUUCAAGGAGACUGUUCCUAUGUUGCUGUCAAGAACAAAUGUUCUAAUAAAACGGUAGAGGAUGAAAUUGAAGUAAUCACAGAAGAUGAACCAUGUGGAUCAACAGGGACAACAUGUUCUAAAACUGUCAGGAUUCAGCUGGGGAAACAUGUGAUCAUCCUCACUGACGGCACUUUUAAAGAAAUAGUUUUGGAAAAUGGCACCGAAAUACCAUACGAAAUAAUAAAUCGAGGCUUCUAUGUUGUAGUACAUUCCAGCAUUGGUCUAAGAGUAAUUUGGGAUCGCAAAACCUAUUUUGUUAUAACACUGGAACCAUAUUACAAGGGUGAAGUGUGUGGCCUGUGUGGAAACUUUGAUGGUAAUGGAGAGAACGACUUCACCACCCGGAGUGGGUUGGUAGUGAGCAGCCCAUUAGAGUUUGCAAACAGCUGGAAAGGGGACAGCUCUUGCUCAAAUGUGGAUAAGCUUAUUGACGCUUGUGAAAAAGCACCUCAUCGAGACCAUUGGGCAAAAAUGAAGUGCAACAUCAUAAAUGGAGACACAUUCAAAGAAUGCCACUCCAAGGUAGAGCCCCAACCGUUCUACGAAAAAUGUGUGAAGGACUCAUGUGCCUGUGACACUGGAGGAGACUGCGAGUGUUUCUGUUCAGCUGUUGCAGCUUAUGCUCAAGCUUGCAAUGAUGCUGGUGUUUGCAUUUCAUGGAGAACUCCAGAAAUCUGUCCUGUCUUCUGUGAUUUCUACAACUUCCACAAUGAACAAUAUGAUUGCUUAUGGCACUACCAUCCAUGUACUCCAAUCACAUAUCAGGGUUGUUCAAAGCUAUUCUGUUCGAAGGUUUCAACCCCUACAACCACAGAAUCAACAACAACAACUGAAACACCAACUACAACCACAACUACAACAACAACCACAACAACUACACCCACAACAACAGAAUCAACAACAACUGAAACUACAACUGAAUCUACUACUGAAACACCAACUACAACCACAACUACCACAACAACCACAACAACUACUACAACUACCCCUACAACCACAGAAUCAACGACAACUGAAACUACAACUGAAUCUACUACUGAAACACCAACUACAACCACAACUACCACAACAACCACAACAACUACUACAACUACCCCUACAACCACAGAAUCAACGACAACUGAAACUACAACUGAAUCUACUACUGAAACACCAACUACAACCACAACUACCACAACAACCACAACAACCACAACAACUACUACAACUACCCCUACAACCACAGAAUCAACAACAACUGAAACUACAACUGAAACACCAACUACAAUCACAACUACCACAACUACCACAACAACUACACCCACAACCACAGAAUCAACAACAACUGAAACUACAACUGAAUCUACUACUGAAACACCAACUACAACCACAACUACCACAACAACCACAACAACUACUACAACUACCCCUACAACCACAGAAUCAACGACAACUGAAACUACAACUGAAUCUACUACUGAAACACCAACUACAACCACAACUACGACAACAACCACAACAACUACUACAACUACCCCUACAACCACAGAAUCAACAACAACUGAAACUACAACUGAAACACCAACUACAAUCACAACUACCACAACUACCACAACAACUACACCCACAACCACAGAAUCAACAACAACUGAAACUACAACUGAAUUUACUACUGAAACACCAACUACUACAACAACUACUACAACAACUACCCCUACAACCACAGAAUCAACGACAACUGAAACUACAACUGAAUCUACUACUGAAACACCAACUACAACCACAACUACCACAACAACCACAACAACUACUACAACUACCCCUACAACCACAGAAUCAACGACAACUGAAACUACAACUGAAUCUACUACUGAAACACCAACUACAACCACAACUACCACAACAACCACAACAACUACUACAACUACCCCUACAACCACAGAAUCAACGACAACUGAAACUACAACUGAAUCUACUACUGAAACACCAACUACAACCACAACUACGACAACAACCACAACAACUACUACAACUACCCCUACAACCACAGAAUCAACAACAACUGAAACUACAACUGAAACACCAACUACAAUCACAACUACCACAACAACUACACCCACAACCACAGAAUCAACAACAACUGAAACUACAACUGAAUUUACUACUGAAACACCAACUACUACAACAACUACUACAACAACUACCCCUACAACCACAGAAUCAACGACAACUGAAACACCAACUACAACCACAACUACUACCACAACUACACCAACAACCACAGAAUCAACAACAGCAACUAAGUCUACAACUAAAUCAUUGCCUACUACCACCACUUCAACAUCAACUAAAAAACCACCUCCAACUACAUCCACCCCAUGUGAACAGUGGGGUGUGCAGCAAAAUGAGAUGUUUUAUUUUUGCAACUGCACCAUGGCAAGAUGUAUUGGAGGCAAUAAAAUUGAAAUAGUUCCAUAUGAAUGUCCAACUAUGGAGCCCGUAACUUGUGCCAAUGGGAAAAACCCUGUUCUUGUAUAUGAUUAUUAUCAUUGCUGCCAACAUUAUGAAUGUGACUGUGAAUGCGAAGGCUGGGGAGAUCCUCAUUACAUUACUUUUGAUGGCAAAUACUACAGUUACCAAGGAAACUGUACCUACUAUUUGAUGAAAGAAAUUACACCAAUGCAUGGCUUAGAAAUUUUAAUUGAAAAUGUCCAUUGUGACCCUACUGAAGAUGUUUCCUGUCCUCGAGCUUUAAUUGUGAAUUAUGGAGCACAAAGUAUCAAACUGAUCAACUUUAAUCUUGGUGGACGACCUGAUUUGAAGGCAUUUAAAAAUGAAGAUGUAGAAAAUCUAAGGCUCCCUUAUUGGAAAGAUGGUGUUAAAGUGAUGAGCACUAAUAUUAACUUGGUGUUAGAGAUCCUUCGUCUAAAUGUGGUUGUUAAAUUUGGAAGAACUGGCUUCAGUAUCAACCUUCCAUAUAAGUACUUUGGAGGAAACACACAGGGUCAUUGUGGAACUUGCUCCAACAAUCAAGAUGAUGACUGCAGAUUGCCUAGCGGUACAGUAGCAGAAAAUUGCGGUGUGAUGGCCGACGACUGGCUUCUGAAGAAAGAUAAGGGAAAAACUGGCUGCAUACCUAAACGUACACCUCCACAGAAACCAUGCAAACAAAAUCCAGAUUCUGUUUGUGAACUGCUUAAGGACCCCUCAGGUGCCUUUGCUGAAUGCCAUUCCCAGAUCUCUCCAGACAAUUUCUACAAAGGAUGCGUUUUUGAUAGCUGCUAUGUUCACAACCGGGCAGUGGAGUGCACAAGUUUGGAGACUUAUGCUGCUGCCUGCGCAGAGAUUGGAAUUUGUAUUGACUGGAGGAAGUACACUAAUAUAUGUGCCAGCAACUGUCCAUCAGGCAAAAUUUAUAAAUCUUGUGGACCUGCAGACCAACCAAGCUGUGAGGACAAUCCUAACGAUCCAGUCAUGAACUACACUACUGAGGGCUGCUAUUGUCCUGAAGGAAUGAAACUGUUCAGCAAAGAAUCAAAUAUUUGCGUUAAAAGUUGUGGAUGUCUUGAUCCCAAUGGGAAGCCCCGUGAGUUCAACGAGACAUUUGAAUACAAAUGUCAGGCCUGUGUGUGUGACGAAUCCACCAAAACUGUGAUCUGUAAGCCUAAGACGUGCCCACCCACUGCUUUACCAAAAUGCAUCUAUCCAGGAUUUGUUCUUGUCAACCAAACUGAUCCAUCAAAUCCCUGCUGCAAUGUCCAUGUUUGCCAAUGUCAGAGCCAUGCUUGUCCAGACAUCAACAUGAACUGUGAUGUUGGCUUUAUGCCAAACAUCAGUGUUCCAGAGGGAAAAUGCUGUCCAGAAAGUACAUGUGAACCCAAAAGAGUCUGUGUGCUAAAUGAUGUUGAAUAUCAGCCUGAUUCUUCCGUUCCUGGCCAAAAAUGUGAGAACUGCUUCUGUUCCUCAAGCUCUUCAUCUGGUGGUCUGAUGGAAAUAAAGUGCGAGAAGCAGCAGUGCAAAGAAACAUGCAGAAGGGGAUUUGAAUAUAAAAAACCCAACUCAGAUGAUUGCUGUGGGACGUGUGUGCAGACCCAGUGUGUGUUCAUUGUUAAUGGCAAUGAGACACUCUUAAAGGAAGGAGAAACCUGGUCACCACCAGAAAAUAAAUGUGAAAGUAAGACUUGUGUUAAGAAUGGUGAGACUCUUACAGUCACCAAUAAGCAAAUCAUUUGCCCAGCAUUCCAAGAGAGCAACUGCAAGAAUGACACAAUUCAGACUGCAGCAAAUGGCUGCUGCAAAAUCUGUGUGGAAAAAGAGAAGGCCUGCAGUCUGGUUAGCCGGACAACUCCUAUCAACCACAAUGGCUGUCGGUCUGAGUUGAAUAUGCCGUCAUGUGAAGGAUCAUGCGUCACUUUCACUAAAUACUCUGACGCAGCGGGUGCUAUGGAGCAUUCCUGCUCCUGCUGUAAGGAGAGACGCGCCAGCAACCGCACUGUUACCCUGGCAUGUAACGAUGGUGCGCACGUCCAGUUCACUUAUGUGCAUGUGGAGGAGUGCGGCUGUGGUCACACAGAGUGCACCACACCUGCUGCACUGCAUGUUCGCAGAAAGCGACGCUUCACACUGCAGUGACCCAAUCCUCUGUCCUCACAUGUGGGAUACAGAUGUAUCUCCAAGAAUCAUUUAAUUAAUCAUUAAAUCUCUAAUAAGGUAUAGCAUACUUUGUGGAGUUCAUUUAUCAGUUGAUUGAAUAAAAGCAUGCAUCUAA